UCGGGUGAGCUUGACGCAUGCGCAGAGCUCCUUUAACCUGCAGCAGCAGAGGAGCAGCGUCUGGAACACAAAGAUCCGACGGAAACCUUUAAUUUCUCACCGGAAACACGAAGAAGUACAACAGACGAUGCAGAAGUCAAAGAGCCAGUACGAGUCCUUCCUGUUCUGGAGGCAGCCAAUCCCCGCCCUCGACCUGUCGCAGCUGGAGGACCUCGGCUUGACGGGCGGGCCGCCGGCCAAUAGCAUCAAAGGAAAGGACAAGUCGUCCUCAGUAAGGAAUGAGGAGGGUGAGAUGACUGAGUUUUCCUCUAGUAAUUAUUGGAGAGCUCCGAUCGCCGAUGUGGACGCUCUGAUGGCCGACCUCAACCUGCUGCUCUGAAACGCACCAUCACCUGACCUCUGACCCCAGGCUCACGGCCCCUGUCCCCAAAUCAGCCAGAAAUCUCCUGACCUCUGACCCCAAAUCAGCCUCACGUCCCCUGACUGUUUCAGGAAGUCACCAAAAUAAGAGUGUGGUUUUCACAGUAAAAGCGAGCGGACCGAGGGCUGCAGAGACUGAUCCUGGUUCAGCAACACGUCUGUUAAAUGUGACCAGCUUCAUGAACCUGAACUCAGCAUGAGAUAGAGACCUGAUCCCAGACCUGAUCUCAGAUCUAAACCCAGAACUGAUCUCAGACCUGAUCUCAGAUCUAAACGCAGAACUGAUCUCAGAUCUAAACCCAGAACUGAUCUCAGACCUGAUCUCAGAUCCAAACCCAGACCUGAAACCAGACCUGAUCUCAGAUCCAAACCCAGACCUGAAACCAGACCUGAUCUCAGAUCCAAACCCAGACCUGAAACCAGACCUGAUCUCAGAUCCAAACCCAGACCUGAAACCAGACCUGAUCUCAGAUCCAAACCCAGAACUGAUCUCAGACCUGAUCUCAGAUCUAAACCCAGAACUGAUCUCAGAUCUAAACCCAGAACUGAUCUCAGACCUGAUCUCAGAUCUAAACCCAGAAUUGAUCCCAGACCUAAUCUCAGACCUGAUCUCAGACCUGAUCCCAGACCUGAUCUCGGACCUGAACCCAGACCUGAUCUCAGAUCUAAACCCAGAACUAAUCCCAGACCUGAUCUCAGAUCCAAACCCAGACCUGAAACCAGACCUGAACUCAGAUCUGACCUCAGAACUCAACCUAGACCUGAUCUCAGACCUGAGUUCAGCUCUAAUCCCAGACCUGAUCUCAGAUCUAAUCCGACCUGAUCUCAGAUCCAAACCCAGACCUGAUCCCAGAACUGAACCCAGACCUGAUCUCAUAUCCAAACCCAGAACUGAACCCAGAUCUGAACUCAGACCUGACCUCAGAACUCAACCCAGACCUGAUCUCAUAUCCAAACCCAGAACUGAAACCAGACCUGAUCCCAGAUCUGAACUCAGACCUGAUCUCAGACCUGAACCCAGACUGUGUUCUAUAAACAUUGAAGAAAUGUUUCCGUGUCACGUGACUUUAUUUACAGGAGGCGAUGCGUUCAAGUCCCCCGAGACGAGAGUUUUUAUGGGUUUCCAUUCGUGCCUUUUUGUUUCUUUGACCUCGAGCUGCUGUCGAGUCAUCACUUUAUUUAUUGAUGUAUUUCUCAUGUGGUUUUUCUCAGCGGGCCUCAAACUGGAUCCACCAGAAGAGAACCUGCAGCUCAUCUGGUCAGAAUGUAAACAACAACAACAAUAAGAGCUAACGCCACUUUUAUUUAUAGAAACCUGUUUUUCACUUGUGAACCUUCUGAGAAAAUAAAAAGACUGAGAGGUGUAUGUUGGUGUUGAUUGGUUGGUUCAACACAUUUCCAUGUAAAUCAUAUUCAUAUAAACA